AUGUCCUCUCGUCCUCUUCGUAGUCAUGGGAACACUGCACAGAUCAAGCGAUAUCUGCACCAGCCUUCGAGCUUCUCAUAUCUUCGUUUGGAUCCUUACGCCUUGGAAGCGGACCACUGGGAGCUGCAGUCGUCUCAAGUGCUCGGCGCGAUAGCCGAUCUCGAAUAUCUGAACUAUGUUCUGGAGGGUAGAAUGAAGGAAUAUAGAAGCAUCGAUGGUGAUAUCCAGGAGUGCAUCACCAGUUUAUGGCCGACUCUUUUGCUCUGGUUGGACUUCCUGCAUCCAGUACACCAUGCCCAGGAUCGCAAGGAGAGGGUGCCUCUGGAGACACUCUGUCGCACGAUAUUCUAUUUCUUCAGCACGCCUGACCUCGUCACUUAUCUGCGAUCAACCACACCGUGCCUUCACAACAUGCUCCUCCUUCUCUGGCUUCGAUUUGACGAGUACCGGAAUGUGAACUGCGACGCAUACCAGUGUAUAAACGGCCUCGCCAGCUCGGUCCGUAUGUCGAUGUGGAUCAAGGACAAGCGCUUCGCGGAGGAUAUCAACAGUCCAGAGGCGAUGUCCAACUACGCGAACGCCGUCGUGCAGAACCUGCACCCGCACUUCCUGCCCGCUGCGCUUGGCGCGGUCAAGAACCGCCCGAGGCGCCUUCUGCACCAGAUGCUCAAGCAGACGCGCCUCCUCAUCGACCUGACGUUGGCGAGGAAGCCCAGCUAUCUCGACGACGUCAACAACCAUUGUAUCGCGGUCGCGGAAUUUUCAAACGAGCUGCUCCCGCUGGACACGCAGGCGAAGGACGUCGUGGCAGGUUGGGUUGACCUCCUGCGCUCCAUACGCGGAAUACCCAAUCUGAGAGCCAUCGCGAUCACCGUCUGCUCUGUGCUACAUGGCAUGUGGCGGUCCAGUGUCGACGGGCGCCCUCUCGCGUGGUCCAUUCGGCGAGACGUCAUGCAGUCCAUAUUGGGGCUCGAUGCGCAAGCGCACAAUGGCCAGUUGACAGGAAGUAUGCGCCUCCUUACGACUCACGGGGAUCAUGUUUGCGUCGUGCGCGCACUGGCAAAGAAGGAGGUGUCGUUCGUGGGUACGGGGCUGGGCGAGUCGGUCGAAGAACAGGAGCGAAUCGACCAGUGGCUGCGUAAGCGGGCGGCACUCAUUCGACGCCUAUACAAAGUUCGUUGCUCUCGUGGCGCUGAGUGUCCGAAUCCUGGUCGGCUGUGCCCCUACCGCUGCGUGUGCUUUGACGCAUUCUACUGCGGUGAAGAGUGCCAGCAAAAAGACUGGCCCUCCCAUCAACCUCACUGUCUCAAGGGGAAGGAGCGUCACUGCUACAGGCUUGAACGAGGGACAAUCACAUCCCGCGACGAGCGUUAUGUCGUCGCCUUCUCCAACGAAUUCAUACGUGACCACGCACAGACUAUUGUAGUCGCCAUACUGGGCGCCUACAAGCGCGUUCCAUCGGUAGGCCCCGCGGUCGAGCUCGUCAUCAACGUUAAGGACGUUGUCCCAAAGGCCAUCGUCAACGCGCGGCGAGGCGAGCUGGCGGCAGAGAAUGAGGACAUCAUUCCCGUCUUUGCAUCAAUCAGCUCAAGCGGGAGCUCUGCGCGCAUGGAGCUGACGCGCACGACGCUCGCGGAGCUGCAGGAGAAAGCACGACCGCGUCUUGAUGAAGGGUACAGUGCUGGUGGGAUCGAAUACCUCAUCCAUAAGCCCGUCACGGUAUUCAGGAAAUUCUGA